AUGGGGAUUCGCUACUUCGAUGUGGCCUUGCUGGUGACCUCGAGCCGUUUCACCGAGGCUGAGUUAAUGCUCUCACGGGAGCUGGAGAAGUUCCAGGUGCCGUACUUCAUGGUGAGAAACAAGGUGGAUGUGGACAUUGACUCGGAGAUUGUGAAGGAGGAGGAGGCUCACGAUGACGAGGAGCUUAGUAAGCAGCAGAAACUCGAGGUGGCCACGCAGACCAUCGAAUGCAUCAAGGACUACUUCCAGAUCGAGUACGGCCUAGAUCAAGUCUAUUGUGUUUCAGCCCGGAGGAAGCUUCGGAAGGCGCAUGACUUUCCCAGUCUCGAACGAGAUAUCUUAGACGCGGUCCGCGUGCAGCGUGGCUACUGA